CUGUACUGAAAUCAUUCUUCACAAGCAAAAAGUCGAGACCUUUGAAUUGGUUCUGAGCAGAGAAGCCAUGGCGGAAGAGACCCAAUUAGCAGAAGCAGUAAGAGGACCAAACAAGAGGCGAAUAGGGAAGUCAAAGGGCUCCAAAGCCAGAAAGAAAUCGAAGAAGAUGCCGCACGCUUCGGACGGAAGCAGAGCCAUGAAGCCCAAGAAGAUUGACCCCAAAAUGAAGAAGCUUUAUCGAAAACGAGCCAGAGAGUACGAUUCAGAUGAGGAAGAAGAAGAGGAGAAAGAGGAGAGUGGUGGGUCUGAAGAAGAAGAAGGAGGAGAAGGAGAAGAGAAGGAAGCAAAGGAGAGGCGUGAAGCGGAGAAUGGAUUCUCGGAUGAGGAGGAAGACGAUGAAGUUCUGCCCGGAAUCAUGAAACUUUCGGAGGGGUGUAAUGCGUUUAGGUUGGCUUUCAAAAGCAUUAUCAAGAAGAGUGUUGCCGACGAUGUGUUGGGACCAAUAAUAUCAGGGAACAAGAAGCUUAUUGCAGAAAAGCUUGCUGAAGCGGAAGCUGAGCGCAAGGUCAAGGGAGAGGCUAAGGACAAACAAUUGGUAAUAGAAAAGGGGCAUGUUGUGAAUCCUGUCAACUUUGACCCGCAUGAAAAGUUUCUAAUUAGUCUUGCUACUAGAGGAGUGGUCACAUUGUUCAAUGCUGUUAGCAAGGCACAACAUGCUCAGAAAGGGCUGGAUCCUUCCAGGUUUAAAGAUGCAAAAGUGAUAAGAAAGCGGAGGAAAGAAGCCUUCUUUUCAGAGUUGGGGAAAACUAGUGCUUCUGCAAAGGCUCAGACAUCUAAAGGCUCAGUGGACAAUGAAGGGCCUGCCUGGGCUCCAUUGCGAGAUAAUUUCAUGCUAACAAAUUCCAAGUUGAAGGACUGGGAUAAAAUGCCGGAGCAAGUUGGGAAAGAUGACAUUGGAAGGAUGUCAGAAGAUAGUAGUUCGGAGGAUGAUUAGUGCUGUGGAACUACAUGAACAGCUAAAUGCUGAUUCUCUGUUAGGCAAAUACUUUGUCCACUAUAAUGUUAUACUUGUAUCACUAGUUCACUACUACCUAAGAAUUGUCCCCAACAUAUUACUUUUUGUUAUAAAUGAGUGCUUCAAGAUGUUGUGCAUAUCUUCUGUUGCUUCUAUUGCUUGCUCCUUAUUUUCAACAAAAUUUGGAAACUUGAAAAGAAACAUAGCAAGGAGUACAAAGUACAGAGAUACUCGGAGAAAAACACCUUUCAAAAGGAAGAAGGAACAAAAUUAACGCCUUGACCUCUUCUUCAGGAGGAAAUCACUUGAGAUCUUGUGUUUGGAGGUCGUAUCAAAACCUCCUCCCAACUCGAGCUAACUACCAAAGAUUAUGAAGGUCAUUAGGAGUUUGUGAUGCAGCCGUCCAUAUGAGGAUGUUGGU